AUGGUGUGCUGGAAAAUCGCAUCGCUUUGCUUCAUAAUUUGUGUUGUUUCCCAUCAAGUAUUAUCAAAAAGCAAUACUACUAAAGAAAAUCACUUACCGCCGUGUCGAGCCUGUAGAAAUUUCGUAGAAUCUUUUAAAAGCGCGGUUCAAAUAGUAACUAAUAAGACCAAAGAUGGCAAACAAGCACAGUUCGUAGAAAUUACAAAAAAACUCUGCACCGAACAAUCCGACAAACUGUGCGAAGAAUUAAUGGCAAAAUACAGCGAUAAGCUAGAAGAAUGGUGGAUUGAAGGCAAAGAAAAACACCCAAACGUUGAAAGUUUCAUAUGCAUAGAAACAUUUGAAGUCUGCUGCCCUGAUUUACACUAUGGUCCUGACUGUAAGCCUUGUUUAGGCUAUCCUAACAAUGUCUGUAACAAUAACGGUAAAUGCAAAGGCUCUGGAACAAGGAAAGGAAACGGUGGAUGUCUCUGUGACCGAGGAUACACUGGAGAAUUUUGUGAUAAGUGUUCGGAAAGCCACUACGAGGCAUACAAAGACGAUAAAAAGCUUAUAUGCGCAGAGUGUCAUCUCUCUUGUGAAGGCCUUUGUACAAAAGCUGGUCCCAAAGGCUGUGCAAAGUGUAAACCAGGCUUCAUAAUGGACAAGGAUAAAGGAUGUUUGGAUAUAAAUGAAUGCGCUGCAAGAAAACGUCCUUGCACGCCUCUCCAAUUUUGCGUCAACACUGAGGGAGAUUAUAGAUGCUUGGAUUGUGACAGAUCUUGCGCUGGAUGUUCGGGAGAUGGUCCGGACAUGUGUAUAGAUUGCGCCACAGGUUACGAAAAGAAAGACAAAAUGUGCGUGGAUAGCAGCGAACAGAGGCGGCAGAAUUUCGUGUGGUAUUCGAGAUAUCUGACGUAUUUGGGGCUGUGUAUUUCUACGUGUAUCAUUUUGAACAAGAAUAUCUACAUUGCUGCAGUGAUUGGUAUGUGCGUGGGUGUUUACAUUACUGUAUCGGAGCAAACUUCUAGUCCUACUCAGAAUCUUGAGCAGCAAUUGGCUGACGAAAUUGUAAAUGCCCUCAAUAUCUGA